CUCGCCACGGACACCUCGCAUCUCUCGCAUCUCUCGCCAUCAGCAGUGCAGAGCGACACAUGUUCUUAGGCCAAGCUGUCGCUCGAGCCAAGACUUCAGGAUCCUCCCCCCCAAAACAUUUCGCUUGCCCGCGCCGCCUCCAGCCUCGGACAAACACCCGCCUGGGCCCUCAUUCGCCAAGGCCUCCUGCAUCCUCCCACCCAUGUCCCUUUCCAGCACUCUGGGGGUGGAACCCAUCACAGACCCUGAGGAAGAAGCCUUUGUAAUCUUCUCGCAAGAGAUCCCCUCAAGAAGUUUAGGCUUCAUCGAUGCGCAUGCGGAGACGCUGGAACUCAGCGUCGCCGGCUCAGAUCUGGUCAUGCAGCAGAGCAGAGGUCUGCUGACGAGCGAUCGUAAGGCGGGGACCACGGGCGCAGUGGUUUGGGCCGUCACGCCUCGCUUUGCUGAAUGGAUCGCCUCGCCCACCAACAUCCUCUUCACAUCUGGUCUAUUGACAUCCAACUCAACAUGCAUAGAACUUGGAUCAGGCAUCUCCGGCAUCGUAGCACUUACGCUCGGCCCUAGAAUCUCCCGUUUCACAGCAACAGAUCAGGACUAUGCUAUGAGAUUGCUGCGGAAAAACAUUGCUGAGAACCUUGAUGCUGUUUUUCCUGCGGCUAAGAAGGGAGGGAGAAGCAAGCAGAAGUCGCAGCCAUCAAAUUCGAGCAGUGACCGAAUCAAGGCCGAGAUCCUGGACUGGGAAGAGGACUCGGUUGAGCAGUUGCAGCCCGUCGACCUUAUCGUUGCAUGCGAUUGCAUAUACAACGAAGCCCUCAUCGAGCCAUUAAACACAACGUGCGCAUCAAUAUGCAAGCUCAACACUGACGUCACGAAGCCUACGCUGUGCGUUGUAGCGCAGCAACUGCGCUCGCCAGACGUCUUCGAAGCAUGGCUCAAGAGCUUCCAUCGCUUGUUCCAUACAUGGCAGGUGCCAGAUUGGUAUCUAACUGAGGGACUGAGGGAGAAUAGUGGGUUUGUGGUGCAUGUUGGGAUUGUGCGGUGACGUGGACAUUGCCCGUGAAGGUUUUGGUACUUCGACAAGAAUAAAGGGUGCUGUUUACAUCUUCUGCGGCACAGAAACAACACAUUCGGAGAACGUAUCGCCAUUUUGAGGAUUGAGAAUCACUGAUAAGUAGCUUGUACAAAGUCCAG